CUGGCAGGUGGGAUACACAGGAGGCUGUGGUGGCUCCCGUGGGCUGAGGGGCAGCCAGUGGCCUGGGCCAGCGUGGGGAGGGGUGUCCCUCCAUAGCCAGCGCCCAGCGUCACCAGAUCCUCUAGACCUGGAACCGGCUACAGCUUCUCCUUCAGCUUUUCGGGUCUAAUUAUAGUAUCCUUUCAGAGUCGGGGGUGGGGAGAAGGUAUCAGGACUUCCGUUUCUAUUUAUUUGUACCUCGGCUCUCCCCCUUGUUAUGAAGUAUAGCGUAGUCGCUGAAACAGCAGAAAUACCCGCCUCUAAUGUAGGAAAGGUCUUCAGAAAAUUUAUGCAAAAUGCACAUCAUAAAAACUGCAUGGCUUCCAAAAUUUUCUACAUCAACAAACUUACCUUUUAAUUCCCUUUUCCAUGAACCUUUUGGAGUGCUCUCACAGUAAAUACUUGUAGAGUGAACCCCACGGUAACCGCCACCCGGAUGAAGAAGCAGAAUGUAGCUUGUGCACCCAGAUCAGCUGCGUUACCCCUUGAAGGCUCCGCUGUCCUGGCCAUAGGCCAGCUCCGGGCUUCUCAUCACGGGACUCCUCUGCGGCAUCCCUAGCAAGGCGGGGCAGUUCUGCCUUUGAAUUUAAUACAGAUGCAGUGACUUGAGUUAUGCUCAUGUCAGUGUCAUAUUUUUCCCAUUGAACAUUUUAUGAGGGUACUUCAACAUGUUCAUGGAAAAUGGACCUAAAAGAUGAGUUUAGGGGCUGGCGUUGGGCAUAACGGUUAAAACACUGCACGGGGGGCUGGUGCCGUGGCUCACUUGGUUAAUCCUCCGCCUGCAGUGCUGGCAUCCCAUAUGGGUGCUGGGUUCCAGUCCCGGUUGCUUCUCUUCCAGUCCAGCUCUCUGCUGGGGCCCAGGAGUGCAGUGGAGCAUGGCCCAAGUGCUUGGGCCCUGCACCUGGCUCCUGGCUUCAGAUCAGCACAGUGCUGGCUGUAGCAGCCAUUUAGGGGGUGAACCAAUGGAAGGAAGACCUUUCUCUCUGUCUCUCUCUCUCACUGUCUAACUCUGCCUGUUAAAAAAAAAAAAAAAGACACUGCACGGGACACCCACAUUCCAUAUUGGAGGGCCUGGGUUCAAGUCCCAGCUUUGCUUCUGAUUUCAACUUCCUGCUAUUGCACACCAUGGGAGGCAGCAGGUGAUGGCCUAACUAGCUGGGUCCCUGCCACCCACAUCGGGGAGACCUGGAUUGAAUUCCAGAGCUCCUGGCUUCAGCCUAGCCCAGCCCCAGCUGUUCUGGGUAUUUGGGGCAUGAAUCAGCAGAUGGAAGAUCUCUGUCUCCAUCUUUCCCUCUGUAUCUCUCUGCCUUUCAAACAGAUAAAAAAGAAAUACUAAAUGUGAAAGAGAUAAAUUUAUUUUGGUGCAAAAAAAAUUGCAAUCCAUGCAGACAAGAGAUCUUAUGAAUUGUCAUGAAAAUCAUGUAUACUAUGAAAAAAACUGUGCAUAGAUUUCAAAAAAAAGUUUGCACCAAAAUAAACUGAUAUUUUAAUUCCAUUUCCUGCCAUCUUUCUGAAGCACCCCCCCCACACACACACCCUGGUUUGUGACAGUCAUCCGUCUUGAAUGUAGCGGUAGCAUGUUCAUCUUCAGUGUCACUCAGGGACAUUGGAGUUGCUUUCCUCUCCUGGCUACAAACUCUGCUGUAAGAAUAUCCCUGUGCCUACUUCCUAGUGCGUUUCGCAUUUCUCCCGAGUUUACAGAACCUGGAGUGGAACUGCCACAGAGUGGAACCGGAGCACAGAGCACGCAAUGCUUACCUCAACUUCGGUAAACAUUGCAAGUGGCUGUGCCAGUGUAGUCCUCUGUAGUGACAUACAGGUGCCUGUUGCCCCGUAUCCUUGCUGACACUUGGCGGUGUUGGACUGUCUAUUUCAGCCACGCUGGUCGGGAGCGAGCGCCAGCAGCCGCCAUGGCGUCGCGCAUCGGGCUGCGCAUGCAGCUGAUGCGGGAGCAGGCGCAGCAGGAGGAGCAGCGGGAGCGCAUGCAGCAGCAGGCCGUCAUGCACUACGUGCAGCAGCAGCAGCAGCAGCAGCUGGUGACGCCCACGCCGGCCAUCAACACCCCCGUCCACUUCCAGUCGCCGCCACCUGUGCCCGGGGAGGUGCUGAAGGUGCAGUCCUACCUGGAGAACCCCACCUCCUACCACCUGCAACAGUCCCAGCACCAGAAGGUGCGCGAGUACCUGUCCGAGACCUACGGGAACAAGUUCGCUGCCCACAUCAGCCCUGCCCAGGGCUCCCCAAAGCCCCCGCCUGCCGCCUCCCCUGGGGUGCGGGCGGGACACGUGCUGUCCACCUCAGCUGGCAACAGCGCCCCCAACAGCCCCAUGGCCAUGCUGCACAUCAGCUCCAACCCGGAGAAGGAGUUUGACGAUGUCAUCGACAACAUCAUGCGUCUGGACGACGUCCUGGGCUACAUCAACCCUGAGAUGCAGAUGCCCAACACGCUCCCGCUGUCCAGCAGCCACCUGAACGUGUACAGCAGUGACCCCCAGGUCACAGCCUCCCUGGUGGGCGUCACCAGCAGCUCGUGCCCCGCAGACCUGACCCAGAAGCGAGAGCUCACAGAUGCUGAGAGCCGGGCCCUGGCCAAGGAGCGGCAGAAGAAAGACAAUCACAACUUGAUUGAAAGGAGACGCAGGUUUAACAUCAAUGACCGCAUCAAGGAGCUGGGAAUGCUGAUCCCCAAAGCCAACGACCUAGACGUGCGCUGGAACAAGGGCACCAUCCUCAAGGCGUCCGUGGACUACAUCCGGAGGAUGCAGAAGGACCUGCAGAAGUCCCGGGAGCUGGAGAACCACUCCCGGCGCCUGGAGAUGACCAACAAGCAGCUCUGGCUCCGCAUCCAGGAGCUGGAGAUGCAGGCCCGGGUGCACGGCCUGCCCACCACCUCCCCGUCCGGCGUGAACAUGGCUGAGCUGGCCCAGCAGGUGGUGAAGCAGGAGCUGCCCAGCGAAGAGGGCCCAGGGGAGACGCUGAUGCUGGGGGCCGAGGUCCCUGACCCCGAGACGCUACCGGCGCUGCCCCCCCAGGCCCCGCUGCCCCCGCCCGCCCAGCCGCAGUCCCCGUUCCACCAACUGGACUUCAGCCACGGCCUGAGCUUUGGGGGCGGGGGUGACGAGGGGCCCCCGGGCUACCCUGAGCCCCUGGGGCCAGAGCAUGGCUCCCCGUUCCCCAGCCUGUCCAAGAAGGAUCUGGACUUCAUGCUCUUGGACGACUCCCUGCUCCCCCUGGCCUCCGACCCCCUCUUCUCCACCAUGUCCCCUGAGGCCUCCAAGGCCAGCAGCCGGCGGAGCAGCUUCAGCAUGGAGGAGGGCGAGGUGCUGUGACGCUGCCUGCCCCUGUGCAGGGAACAGGGGCAGCCUGGGGCGGGGAGGGCUGGGCCCCCUCCCCCUCCAGGGUGCACCUGCGUGUGAAGUAGCCACCUGCCCCGCCCCACGCCUCCCUGCUGGCCCCCUGUUUGGACUUAGUGCCUGCCUGGCAGCCCAUGGGGUCAGGAGAAGCCCCCGCCUGCCUCAGUGCCCCACCUGCCAGGGGCAGCCCCUUUGGUGGAACUGGACGGGAACAGGCCUCCAGCCCGCUGCUGGAGCGGUGUGGGGAAGGGAGGGGGCGGAGGAGCAGAGGGGAGAGACAGUGCCGAGCUUGCACCCCCACCCCUGUGAAGGACAGUGGGCAUGGUGGGUUCUGGAAGCAACACCUUGCUGUCCCUGCACACUCCCCUCCCACAGGUGGGGCUCCCACCCCCCUUUGGUGCUAACAGCUCUCCACCUGGUGGUGUGAGGGUGGGGGUGGUUGGAGGAGAGGGCAGGCGGGGUCCAGGUGAGAGUGCGGGGUCUCUACCGGGAGAGCAGCCCCUCCCGACAUCCCACUUUGUGCCUUUAGUAAACACUGUGCUUUGUA